CAAAUCUCGCGAGAUCCUGGAGCCUCGCAGACCCGCUGGUGGAGCCGUUGCCCCGCCAGCAGUCAGAGAAGCAGCCGGUGAGCAGACAUGCUGAACCGCCAGGACCCAGCCUAGCUUCCCCCUGUGCCUCCGGAGCUGAACUGAGUUAUGACCGGGGACGCCUCUGAAACUGAGCCGGUCUUUGACAACUGAGAGGCGGACACUAGAGAAGCAGAAAACCAGCUGGAAGAGAAACAGUCCAGUCAGUUCCAUUCAGUCCGCCGGUUUGACAGCCUGCGUGUGGGAAUGGCAGCUCCUCGGCCGAUAAAAGGGAUCCUGAAGAACAAGAACAGCGGCACAGGCGUCAAGUGUCUGCCCGACGAGGUGCCGCCGGAGGAUCCCGAACAAGCCCCGGGACUCUCGGAGGACGACCCGCAGAAGAAAUCGCAGAAAUGGGAUGAGAUGAACAUCCUGGCCACGUACCAUCCAGCCGACAAAGACUACGGCCUGAUGAAGAUAGACGAACCCAGCACACCUUACAACAGGAUGGUGGGGGAAGACGAUGAUGAGGGCGCACUGAGCGACUCGGACAGCCACGGUGGACUUGCAGCCGAUGACCUGGCAUCAAAGCUUGUUGCAGCAGAGGGUUCAGACCCUCGUUUUAUGAACAAAGAGGAAGAGAGCAGUGAGGAGGAGGAAGAGGAGCUGACUCCUGAAGAACAAGCCAAAAAGAACAAUUUUCAGAUGAUGAGGAAGAUGCACUACAAUGAAGGCCUAAACAUCAAACUGGCCCGUCAGCUCAUCGCCAGCGAACUAGAAGAUGACGAGGAUGCAGACGAGGAGAUGAAGGACGACACAGAUGAGGCGAGGGAGGAGACGGAGGAGAUCAGUGUCGACCCGCCACAGGAAGCUGAUUCUCUGGACUCAUAGACGAGGCCUCUCCCCCACCUUUACCAUGUGUGUGUGUCAGCUCUAGAUCCAGACAGACGAUGCUACUGGGCUCUGUGUUCUCAGCGCGGGGCCACAGAGCAGACAGCUUCAGCACCCAUACAACGCCUCUCAACAGCCAAUAACCUCACGGCCACCUGUCUGUCUCUACUUUUCCAUAGAACUGUGCAAUUUGACCUUCAAGCACACACUGUUGGCCCCUUCUUCUCUCUCUCCUGUUGCCAAGAAUUUUUUCCGGCCACCUCGUCUGGACUGAAGAAAAUGUGAUUCUGACCCUGCCAGGAGGUUUAAGGCCUUUUCAAAAAAAAAUAAGAAAGAAAGAAAAAGAAAAUAAACAGUCUGAAAACCAGAACUGUCCUCUGGCCACUUCAGUCCCUCUGCAGGCUGCGGAGCCAGUAUGCCAGCCUUGGAGCUCGCCAGGGGAAAUCCCACAGCCUCAAGAAAGACAUAUAUGAGACAUGACGACAGCGCCUGUGCCUGCUGCGCUCUUAUUUUUGUUUUGCUGUGUGACCCGCCACUCUGCUGCAGUUUUCCACCUUCAGUACUUCUCAUGAUAAAAGUUGGACAAAAUUAAGAUCAGUUUAGUUGUUUGUCUUUCUUUUAAUUUAAUUUUAAUUGUUUUACCCCAUUCACAUCCUGAUAUAUGGUUACAAUGCUGUGCCAUCAGAAUUGGAUUAUUUCACUUUACAUGACAUAAUGGUGUUAUGAUGACACAUUAAUUUAGCAUCUGUAUAUUAGUUUUGCAGUAAAUGACAACAUAGCAACAUGUAUCCAACAAUACUUACUGUUAACUGAUAUGUAUGUUGGUUUCUGUGCUGCUCAUAGUAAAAAGGCUUUUUACCCAAGAUCAAGUUAAAACAACACAGAUUUAAAAAUUACAAUGGCACUUAGCUUCAGACUUUGCCUCCGUGCUAUUUAUCUCAAGCAAGAGCAUCACACCAAACCUCAUUUCAAAUUCUGGCAAUUUUACAAACAUGUAUACCUCAUAGGACCAGACCUAAGGCCUUUUUACUAAAUUGAAUCCACCGAUAAAUUUGGCACAUAAGUUCUCAAAACAAGAGGCACUUUUUUUCUUGUAAGUAGAAACUCAAUGUUUAAAAUGUCUUUUCAUUCUUUUUCUCCUGUCCAUGAAAUUAUUUUGUGAAAGCUGAUUGCAGGACAUGUUGGUAAAAUAAAAGUUUUUCCUAGUAGAGAUUUCAGCACUUGAGGCAUUUUAAGUUCAUAGGAUGGGACCGUAGUGAAGUCCCACACUUGAGGUGUAACACAUGCUACUGAUAAACUGGACAGUGUCCUGUAGGAAAUGGCUUCUGUCUUUUAACAAGUAACAGCUUUAAGAACCAGGCUCUUAUGUAAAUCUGACAUAGAACAAACCAGCACUCACUGUUCCCCCGCUUGGAGAAAUUUUGCAUUUUCACCAUGUGAGCUUCAUUUUACAGGAUCUGUGAGUAAAUUAUUGUGAGACAGACACAAUAUAAUAGUUUUGAUUUAUUUUCUCACCUGUCUUAUAUGACCUAUUUAGUUUCUCACCUGUCUUAUAUGACAUGAUGUCUGGAAUGUCAGAAAAGAGUUACUAUAUUGAUGCUACUGAUUUUAAUUAAAGAGGAUUUUGGUGGUGGAGUUAAACCACUAGAGGGGGUGUUUCAAGGAUUUUUUUUUUAUGUUUUUGUGUCAAGAAAGUUGUUAGCAAGUCUUAAAAAAUGUGAAGAGAAAAAAACAAACAAUUUAUUGUUGUCCAAACCUAAACUUUGCAUUUAAAACCAUUGUCGACUAAGUUUGUGGAGAAUUAUCCACAACACACACCGUAUGACUUCAAGCCCAGAGAGAAACGUGUGACAUGAAAAGUGUCAAGGUGCAUCUUGUGUUGUGAUUUCUUUCCUCAAGACCCUUUAAUUCUUCACUGUGAGCAGAAGUGUUAAGAUUUUGUAUCAUGGAAAUACAAACAGUCGUAGACCAACAGUAAGACAACUGCAAAUGCAGUAUUUUUCUUUUUUGUAUAGUAUUUGGUUGCAUUUGUUUGUUUUAUCACCAUGAUUGAGGUGAAAGCAAAUCCUUUUAGUUAUUUCCACCGACCAACAAGAACCCUCGAGUCUAGUUAGCGGACAAAACAUCCAUGAUGACAUGAUUGUUGUGGAGGAACGGGAAUAUGAUGUGUUGAAUAACCGAUUUUGACAGCAUUGUUGUUGUCUUCGUAAACGGAUAGAAGGAAUAUUUAGGAGAAGCUGAGAUGAUAGUUUUAUCUUCUCUUUUGAGGAGAGAAGGACAAGACUGUCUGAAACAUGACUGACGUGAUCACCGACAUAGGUGGUUAUUACCUGUCAAAUGUGCCUCUUAUGUACAUGUGUGUAAAAUGAACCGCCUAUUCCCCAUGUUAUUGUUUCUGUCCAGUCUCACGUUUUGUUUUUUGCACCAUUUUCUCCUUGUUCGUUUGUUUGUUUUCCAAGAACGAUAGACUGUUAAGCAGUCCCAUUAUUGCACUGUGUCUCUACCAAGAUUUGGAUAUUAAAUCCAUGUUUUUGUUUGCAUUUCCAGUGUGCAUGUUCUUAAUCAUCAGAUCGUGUGUAUUCUGUUUCGUCUAUUAUUAAACAGAUGUUAGGAA